GGGAGUGGGUGAGGAGGACUCCUUUUUGGACAGACAAGCCCAGGAGGUAAAGCAGGAAUAACCAAUCCCUCACCCCCGCGCCGCCUCCCUGCGAGAAAACCUCUCUGCAAACAGGGGCAGCCAAGCAGGACCGAGCCCCCACCCCCCUAGCAUCUUCCCAGAGAGGGGCCGGUGGGCCUGACAGCUGGGUGGCACAUGUCACCGCCCAGCCCGCCGUGCGCAUCUGAACUCCUCCGCGGGUAAUGGACUCCCGCCCGCCCCGGGAGACGGAGACGCAGCCCGAGUGGCAGGAACACCGCGGCUUUGGAGCGUGGCUCCCUCUCGUCUGUCUCAGCAGAGCGCUCCCUGCACGGGAACCCAUUCUGCCAAGUGACUUAAAGGGAUUAAAAAAUAAAAAAAGACCUCGGUAAAGAAAAGGGGGUAAAAGCCACGCAGAAGCCUUUUGGAGGAGGUGGUGGCCAGCAGACAAAGAGCACAAGUUGAAAGAGGCAGUGAGAGGCCACCGCCCGCCCCGAUGGGCGCCAGGCCAUAGGGCAUGCCUGGGGCGCAGGGGCCCAGGACACCCGCAGGCCGUGCACGGGGGUCGGGGCUCCGCCGGGGAGAGGCCCGCAGCGCCCGGGGCCCAGGCCGUGCAGAAUGCUGCUCUGGACCCACAGCCCCGCCUGACCUCGAGGAGCCCAGAAGAGUCCAGCACAGGGCCUCCCCCUGCACGCCGGGCUGCCCCCAGCGCCCCAGGUCUGCGGUCUGCACCCCGAGUGCCAGGGCUGAGGCCGGAAUGUGAGCGUGGCCCAGGCCCACCUGGACCCAAGCGCAGCAUCCAGAGCGGCCAUCCCAGCCAGACCAGUGGCUCAGCGAAGGAGGUGUUGAGGCCCCAGGUCAGGUGAGGCCCGGCUCCCCCCGCCAUCCACCAUGGUGGUGGCACACCCCACUGCCUCCGCCACCACCACUCCCGCUGCCACGGUGACGGCCACUGUCGUGAUGACCACGGCCACCAUGGACCUGCGCGACUGGCUCUUCCUCUGCUACGGGCUCAUCGCCUUCCUGACGGAAGUCAUCGACAGCACCACCUGCCCCUCCGUGUGCCGCUGCGACCACGGCUUCAUCUACUGCAACGACCGGGGGCUCACCUCCAUCCCCGCCGACAUCCCCGACGACGCCACCACCCUCUUCCUGCAGAACAACCAGAUCACCAACGCCGGCAUCCCCCAGGGCCUCAAGACCAAGGUCAGCGUGCAGGUCAUCUACCUGUACGACAACGCCCUGGACGAGUUCCCCGUCAACCUGCCCCGCUCCCUGCGGGAGCUGCACCUGCAGGACAACAACGUGCGCGCCAUCGCCAGGGACUCGCUGGCCCGCAUCCCGCUGCUGGAGAAGCUGCACCUGGACGACAACUCCGUGUCCACCGUCAGCAUCGAGGAGGACGCCUUCGCCGACAGCAGGCAGCUCAAGCUGCUCUUCCUGAGCCGGAACCACCUGAGCAGCAUCCCCUCGGGGCUGCCCCGCACGCUGGAGGAGCUGCGGCUGGACGACAACCGCAUCUCCACCAUCCCGCUGCACGCCUUCAAGGGCCUCCACAGCCUCCGGCGCCUGGUGCUCGACGGCAACCUGCUGGCCAACCAGCGCAUCGCCGACGACACCUUCAGCCGCCUGCAGAACCUCACCGAGCUCUCGCUGGUGCGCAACUCGCUGGCCGCCCCGCCCCUCAACCUGCCCAGCGCCCACCUGCAGAAGCUCUACCUGCAGGACAACGCCAUCAGCCACAUCCCCUACAACACGCUGGCCAAGAUGCGCGAGCUGGAGCGCCUGGACCUGUCCAACAACAACCUCACCACGCUGCCCCGCGGCCUGUUCGACGACCUGGAGAACCUGGCGCAGCUGCUGCUCCGGAACAACCCCUGGUUCUGCAGCUGCAACCUCAUGUGGCUGCGGGACUGGGUGAAGGCGCGGGCGGCCGUGGUCAAUGUGCGCGGCCUCAUGUGCCAGGGCCCCGAGAAGGUCCGGGGCAUGGCCAUCAAGGACAUCACCAGCGAGAUGGACGAGUGCUUCGAGGCGGGGCCACAAGGCGGCGCGGCCCAUGCGGCCGCCAAGACCACCGCCAGCAACCACGCCUCUGCCACCACACCCCAGGGCUCCCUCUUCACCCUCAAGGCCAAGAGGCCGGGGCUGCGCCUACCCGACUCCAACCUUGACUACCCCAUGGCCACAGGCGAUGGCGCCAAGACCCUGGUCAUCCACGUGAAGCCCCUGACAGCGGACUCCAUCCGUAUCACGUGGAAGGCCACGCUCCCUGCCUCCUCCUUCCGGCUCAGCUGGCUGCGCCUGGGCCAUAGCCCGGCCGUGGGCUCCAUCACAGAGACCCUGGUGCAGGGGGACAAGACGGAGUACCUGCUGACAGCCCUGGAGCCCAAGUCCACCUAUAUCAUCUGCAUGGUCACCAUGGAGACGGGCAACACCUACGUGGCCGAUGAGACGCCCGUGUGCGCCAAGGCAGAGACAGCCGACAGCUACGGCCCCACCACCACACUCAACCAGGAGCAGAAUGCCAACCCCAUGGUCGGCCUGCCCCUGGCGGGCAUCAUUGGGGGCGCUGUGGCCCUCGUGUUGCUCUUCCUGGUCCUGGGGGCCAUCUGCUGGUACGUGAACCGGGCCGGGGACCUGCUGACCCGGGAGCGGGCCUACCACCGAGGCAGCCAGAAAAAGGACAGCUAUCUGGAGUCGGGGACCAAGAAGGAUAACUCCAUCCUGGAACUCCGAGGCCCGGGGCUGCAGAUGCGGCCCAUUAACCCUUACCACGCCAAAGAGGAGUACGUGGUCCACACCAUCUUCCCCUCCAACGGCAGCAGCCUCUGCAAGGGCACGCACACCAUCGGCUACGGCACCACCCGGGGCUACCGUGGCGGCGGCAUCCCCGACGUAGACUAUUCCUACACAUGAUGCCCGCCGGGCCGCCCGCCCCCGCCCCCACCUCCUCCUGGCGCGGCGACCCCGUGGCUUUGCCCCGCUUGCUGCCAUCCGACACAGCAAGGACAAGAAACUCCACGGCGACUUUCCCAGCAAACGGCAGCGUUUGGGGAGGGCUGACGCUCUUCUAGAACACAGCCGAGAAAACAAGCUUUUUAAGGACAGAAGACGGGAGGGGGGUGGGUUGACGUUGCUGAAGACAUAAUUUAUACCAAAUUAUGCCAGUUGGGGAGGGAAGGACUAAAAAUAAUGUUGCAGGAAGGGCUGGGUCAGGGUGUUUUCCCCUGAAGUGGAAAGAUACUACCUGUACCGCGUCUGUGCGCGCCUCCUGCUCUGAGGGGACCGUCAGAGAGCCGCCGUGGGACACGGACGCCCCCGCGCAGCUCGCCGCCAGCCGCUCCGGCAGCGACGAGAUGGGAGAGCGGGAGGAAGAAAGAGCUUUUCUUCAGUCUCUCCCCGGUUCUCCCCCUACCAUUUCCCUCGCAGAUUUCCAGAAAUAUCGCGUCUUUUACUGCGUUCUUCGAACAGUGAUGAAACCGAUUAAAAACUAAACUCCCUUUUUCCUAUCGGAACCCUCUCCACUUCCAUGGACCACACGCCGUGGAAGCCCUCCGGAAGCUGCGGCCUCCCCGGCCACUUGGAAUCGCGUCUAUCCACCCGUCGCGAGGUUGCGUCUCUGAACUCGGACGGGUCGGUAGAGCCGCGGAGACGGUUCUGACCGCGCUUCUUGGGUCAGUUCGUCGCAUUUCUUGAGACAAUAGAGUCAUGAACAUGUUGCUUUCCCCUAACGAUCAUUGAGUAAGUAGACACGGUGUGCUGGGGAUCGGAGUGGGGUGGGGGGACAAUGCUGUUCCUAAAGGCAGAAGCGGGUCUGUUCUGGGCGGGUGGCUGGGGGGACCCUGGGCAGGGGAUGCUUCCAGUUUGAUCCUAUCUCAGGUUGGCCAGAGCUGGGCCAUGCUCCUUUCUGCUAUAGAGAAACUUCCUUUAACUGCCAGUAUCUUCAUCCCCCCACCCCCACCCCCCCACACACACACGCAGUCACCUCAGUACUCCUUCUCUGUGCUCUGCUUCCUCCUGGGACAGGUAGCUGGUGCAGGGAUGGGUUCUGUGUGUUCUUUUACAUCAGCUGAUUAGAGUUAAUGGUUUCCAUGGCUGCUCAAACAACACCCAGAAAAAGACAUGAAGCUUCUCAGAAAAACCCCGGGGAAAAACUCCCAAGUGCAAAACACUCAGCUGGACUGUUCUAGAGGCGGAGGCCCAGGUCUCCCAAGAAACAAGCCGGCCCCCAAAAGGGCACUGACCGGGGCCCUCCCAGAGCUAAGGUUGAUUGCCUCCCCUGGAAGCAGCGUGGCCGUCAUUUAUCAGCUGACGGUGCAGCAUGGCGAGCGUGAGACGACGAAAUAACGACACAAAUCCGGACGGAAGAGCGGACGGGCGCCCAGGGUUCUGCUCGCUCUGCGUCCCUGCUCUCGGGAACGGGGUCGCCCUCCAUCAGCAUGCCACGUGCCCUGCACCGGGCAGAGCGGUGUCAGAGGAGCGGCGGUGGCCGGAGGGCAGGGAGGAUGAGAAGGGGUCCAGCUGCUGGUGGCGGCGUUUUCAAAAGGCCUCAGCUGCUCUGACAAAAGCCAGAGGCAGGAGGGCGAGACUGGACAGCGGGCCCAGGGCCUGGGCUGACGGCUCGAUGGACAUGAAAAGAUGCUGCUGGCCCUUCAGGGAAGGGGGUGGGCAGGAACGGACACGAGACCUGCGUGAGAUGGAGGCGAGACGCGGCCGGGCUCGCCGUGGCCUGGCCGACAGAAGGGUCCCACCAAGUGGGGCUCCCCGCUCCCCAGCCCCAGGGACGGGCCGAGGGGCAGGGACACCUUGCAUUCGAAAACAAACCUUUUUCCCUUUUCCUGUUUUCUCAGUGUCAGGAGAGAUUUUCCAAGCCUUAAUUCCACGUGUGUACAAAGGUGGCCUCCCUUUGGCCUGUGGGGCCUCCAGACACAGGCUCGUCCCCAUUCCCGGCAGCUCGGAGGGGCAGAGGGGCGCCGGGGGGUGGCCGGGAGGAGAGGGUGCGCGCGGGUGUGGGGCGCUGGCUGGAGGGCAGGCGUCCAUGGUCUCUGCUGUUUCUGAAGUGAGGUCCCCUCCCUCAAGGCACCCCUCCUGCCUUCCGUCAGUGUCCCAGGAAAGUUGGCCCCUGGACACCCCACUAUCAGCCCCCAGGCCCCCACUGCCAACGUGCUCGGUCCCCCCUCCCACUCGAGGCCCUCCCUCCUCCUCUCCCCAGGCCAGGCAGAGGUCAGGUCAUCCCUCCGAAGCUGGGAAGGCCCCGGGGGCAGUAGGGGGCCCCCUCCGUGGGGCUGCGUGUAAGGGAGGGCCUUGCAGGCCUGGAACCAGCCUGUGCGGAACAUUCCCCCAGAGCAUUAAGCAGGCCUGGCCGCCCAGCCCCAGGACAGAGUCCCUCUCCUACUCCGACUCUUGCACGACCAGCGCUCAGGCAGGGCUCACACGGGCUCAGAGCCCAGGCCCUGCCUGACUCGCCGCGCAUCGUCCCACCCCUGUAGGCGCAGAAGUGCGUGGAGACCUGGCCCAGCCAGCGCCCUGGGGCCCGCCCUCAUCUUUUCUGCCCUAAGCACCCCAACAUCUUCCCAGCGUUCUGUCUGAGAGCGGGACCGGGAUGUCUGCUGCCUCACGUCCCCCCAAGCCAGGGAGGGGCCUAAAGCCAGGUCCACUCUGAAACCCCACUCCCGCCCGAUCCAACUCCCCCGCAGCUGGCCACAUAACACGAGAGGGAGGAUGUCCCAGGCCCCCACCCCACCCCCCUGGAUGCAUGUGAGGACACAGGGCCCGUGAAGACAAGCCGGGACCUGGGCCACCACUUCUGUCUAGAAUCUGCCUUCGGUGGGUGGCCCGCCGGACCCUGGCAGCCUCUAACCAGCCAGGGCAACCUUGCUGGCCUCGGCGGGGACGAGUGCAUUUUGUGGCAUUUAAAGCAGGUUUAAAGCAAAAAAAAAAAACCCACGACAUUUCUUUGCUUAAGUGGUUUACCCUUCGUGGUAAUUAGAUGUAGCGAUUGGACUCUCUUUUCUAUUACAUGGCAAUUUUCCUUUAAACUUCCCCUUUAAAAAAAAAAAAAAGGGAAGGAGAGGAGGCAGCAGGGCCAGGCGAGCCAUUUGCAUUUUGCGAAUGAGGCCUCUAAGCUCAGCUCAGGCGUUGGGCCCAAUGUAUGGAAUGCUUCAGAGAUGACUAAGAAUAAAAUCUAUUAAUUAGUCA